AUGGAGAUACUACCUAGGAAUAGAUUUGACGCAACGUCAUUAAGUCGUCGAGAUUUUGAGCUUGAUUCUUCCUUGCAACAUGACGAUUCGUUGCGGUUAAAAUUCGUUGCAUUCAACAGAACAUUCAAUAUUCAUCUUGAACCUAACACAGACAUAUUUCACCCUGAAGCUACAAUUACUAUACACCAUAAAAAUAAAACUAGUACAACAACAAGGUUAAUACCGCAAGAUUACAGACUAUAUAAGGGAGUCUUGCUGGACGUUGACUCUACUGAUAGAAGAUUAAGCGAAGAUAUUGUUGGCCUUAAAAGGCUCAGUUUACAUGAGGAACUCUCUACUUUACCAAGUGUUCUUGGGUGGGCAAGAAUAAUUGUUCUAAACGAUGGAAGCUUAAAUAACAAACAUCUGACAUUUGAAGGAACCUUUUCUUAUAUGGGCGACCUUCACCAUAUAAAAUCCAUUGACAAAUUUCAAGUAGCUCAAUUUCGUGAUGAUCCGGAGAUACCAAAUCCGUCCUCUCGUCAUUCUAGUCAUCGUGAUGCUACCAUGGUCAUUUAUCGAGAUUCUGAUAUAAAACAAUCUAAUAAGGGUAAUGAUGAUCAGGUAUGGUCAUGUGCAAUGAACGAACAAAUAAGCAAUCGGAACCGAUCAGAUAGACAUUACGUAGAAUACCAUAAACCUUGGAUAUUUGGAAUAAAUGAUAAAAACAAUGUAGGAACAGAAAACUGGUUGUUCAAUUUGGGUUUUAAUGUUCGAACAAUUUCUAGAAAACAUAAAUUGUCAAAGAGAGCUACAUCAGGAUGCCCUACCGCAAGAAGGAUAGCAUACAUGGGUGCUGCUGCUGAUUGUACUUAUGUUGAAAGCUAUAAAUCAUCAGAUGCUGCCCGGCAACAAAUUCUCAGCGAUUGGGGCACUGCAUCUGCCGUUUAUGAAAGAACUUUUAACGUCACUCUUGGUUUAAUUUAUAUUGAGAUUCAAGAUUCAACUUGUCCUUCAACUCCUAAUCCGACAUGGAAUAGACCAUGUUCAGAUUCUUAUAGCAUAAGUGAUAGAUUGAGUGAUUUUAGUCAAUGGAGAGGAGAUGAUGGUGCAGCAUUAUGGCAUCUAAUGUCCAAAUGCAACACUGGCACAAAAGUUGGUAUUGCUUGGUUAGGACAGCUAUGUCAAACAUCUGCAUCUUCACAAAGCAAUGGUACCGGUCAGGCCUAUGUUUCAGGGGCUGGUGUAUCUACGAUUGUUAAAGACGAAUGGAAGGUAGUUGCACAUGAAAUUGGGCAUGGUUUCGGUGCUUACCAUGAUUGCACUGCAAGCACAUGUCCAUGCAGUAACGUCAAUGAUGCCUGUGGUUGCUGUCCAUUGAGUCAAACAACUUGUGAUGCUGGUGGACAGUAUAUUAUGAAUCCAACAAGCAACGUGAUCACGAAUGAUUUUAGCCCAUGUUCAAUCAACGACAUUUGUACCACAUUUCCAAAUAUUGGCACUUGUCUCCAAGAUCCGGCUACGAGUUCAAAAACCAUUCUUACUACCGCUAUGUGUGGAAAUGGGCUGAAAGAGUCAGGAGAAGAGUGUGACUGUGGUACUGACUGUGCAAAGGAUCCUUGUUGUGAUGGAGCAACUUGUAAAUUAAAGAAUGGGUCGAAAUGCGACGAUACGAAUGAUUUAUGUUGCAGGAAUUGUACUUAUAAACCUGCCAAUGAAACUUGCCGACCAGCAGUUUCUUCUUGUGAUAUUCCGGAAGUUUGUCCUGGAAAUUCUGGUGAUUGUCCACCAGAUUCACAUAUUCAAGAUGGUACAUCAUGUGGCAGUGGUCUUCAAUGUGCUGGUGGUAUAUGUACGUCAAGAGACUUACAAUGUGCUACACGUGGUUCUCGUAUGGGAAUUACGAAAGCAUGUGCAAUCACAUCCUAUUCAUCAUGUACCAUUAGUUGUGCUAAUCCAAAUGAUACAACCCAAUGCCUUGAAAUGAGUGGAUAUUUUGUGGAUGGUACUCCUUGUGGAUUUGGCGGAAAGUGUAGCAAAGGAUCUUGUAUAACCGGUUCAGUUGGUUGGAUAAAUCAAAACAAAAAUAUAGCAAUUCCUGUUGCUAUAAUUCUUGGAAUACUUAUAACAUUAUGGUCCAAAAGACAACGUAGGUUCACGACACGUGUCCCUUCGAUACCUCCAGAUGAAGCAGAGGCUAUAGAGAAUAGUAAUUAUAAUAUUAAUAACACAGGAUGGGUUGAUCCAACUCCGUACAAUGGUCCUUCGACUAGUGGUGAACGUCACCCUCAUCCGCGUGAUCAAGCAGUAAAUACAAAUAAUGGCUCACGUUCACCAGGUUAUCAAUAUACCGAGCCGCUAGUUCCAAUAAAUUCACCACCAACUACAUACAAUCACAUGCCGCGAUCUGCUCCAGUACAACAAAUGUAUUCAAAUUCAUUAAGACCAUCAAGUCCAGGGAGUACAAGAAACUAUGAAGCCCCAAGGAGUCCGAGAAACUAUGAAGCCCCAAGGAGUCCGAGAAACUAUGAAGCUCCAAGGAGUCCGGGAAACUAUGAAGCCCCAAGGAGUCCGAGAAACUAUGAAACCCCGAGGAAUCCGAGAAACUACGAAGCCCCGAGGAAUCCGAGGAAUCAUAAUCAUUUUGUAGAUCCUACACCUUAUAAUGGGUAUUAA